GGAGUACGGGAUGACGAAAAGACCGUCAAAAACUAUUUUUCAGGUAUUUGCCUCUCGCUUACUCCCAGAGCUGAAAAAAUUUUUUGUCAAUCUGAGUGCUAGUAAAUUGUACAUUGUGGGCUUUAAAUUAAAUACUCUAUUCUGAAAUAUGAAUAUAAAUACGCCACUCAAAUAUAGAGUGCCCAGCUCAGUGUGUUUUUUUUUACCUUUUUCACGAUAACACUUUUAUCGUACCGAAUAAUACAAUGCGAAUGCAAAUAAGGGAACCAAAGACAAUUAAAUAAGAUUUCAAGAAGCCAAUAAAUUCCAGAAAAUUAACCAUACAACCGGAACAUUAAAUCACUUAUCCAAGCACCGAUUCCGGAUUUUUUAAAAUUUACCAUUACUAAUGAGGGAGGAGACCCUUGAAAAUAAAGUCUACAUAAAUUGUCAAUGUCACAUCAAAAAGAAAUAAAUAUCAGCCUUUGUUGCACCCUUUGAAGGUUACCCCAACUUUCGAUGUACAGUGAUGGUCUUGGUGAGCAACGAAUGGCCAAAUAAGGAUGACGAGCAGAAGCCAGAUGCCUCAUCAACGACGCCAGCGCCAUCAGUAAUCGAAGUAAACGAGGUGAUUGCUGUCGCAGCUACACCCACAAGUGAUAUUCUUGAAACAAGUAGAGCUACAAUCAGCGUUGUAGCAGCAGCGAUUGGAAAGCGUAAAAGAGCUCAGCAACCCAGUAUCAUGGAUACAUUAAAUAUAAAAACUCCUGAGCAGGAUCAGUUAUUUCAAAUAAUGGAGAAUAAGUACGAAAUCGAAACUGCAUUCAGCAACAAAGCCAAUGCCAAUGAAAGCCAUGGACACAACGACAUUCAAGUCUGCGAUUCAAAUACUAACACUUUACAAAAUACUAGUAGCCAAGAUGCUCAACGAUCUCUUCAGCUUUCCCCAGUCGUUUCGCCACAUCUGCUCAGCUCUGUGAAUGCAAAUACGUCCAUGAUAGGAUCUCCGGGGGCGAGCAACCUUUUUGGUUCAAUGGGCGGACUUAGUAAUUGUGCCAUAAAUCGAGAGCCACCAUCGAACUGUGGUUCGUUUAUAGUUGCCCCCUCACCAUCUGCAGUCAUUUCCGAUCUAAAUAUAGACUCUGAAAUUCCUUCUUCUGCAGCCUCAGGUGAUGCAAAAAUUGUCCUGCAAUGUGAAGCCAAAUCGCAUAAAUUUGAGACGCGUUCCAUACCUUUACAACCAAAUCAGGAGUGCAAGGUAGGGCGCCUCAUAGCAAAAAGCAAGGCCAGUGAAGGAAACGCUAUAUUCGACUGCAAGGUUUUGUCACGAAACCACGCUAUGCUUUGGUACACUGCCGAUGGUCGAUUUUGGGUAAAGGAUACAAAGUCGAGUAAUGGUACUUUUAUCAACGACAACAAGUUGGGCAAUGACCCAGCUGAAUUACACUACGGAGAUAUCGUUAAGUUCGGCGUAGAGGUAAUCGAAAACUCACGACAGGAGGUUCACGGUUGUAUUAUUGCCCGUGUGACCUUGUUUUUGCCAGACGGAAGGGAAGCCAUUUCGUUUGAAUCAGACCAGCUUCAAUUGACGGGGCCAAAUCGUAUUAGCCUCGAUGAGAUUCAACGCCUUAAUUCAUUUCUUCAGGAGGCCGCGCAGAGAGAAAAAACUUUGAAGGCCAAACUGAGCAGCUUGCAAGGCGUUCUUGACUCUACCCGAAAGAACUCUGCCAUGUGUUGGCAGAGUAUGAUUACAGAAGACCAGUUGCUUCAUAAAAUUAAUUUGCUAGAAAAGAAGUUACAGGUAAUGGAAAAAAACGUGCCGGAGAAUGCUUUGCGUAACGAGGUUGUUAAAUUACUUGAGGACAAGACAACAUACCAAUUAACCGCUAAAGAGGCUCUAAGAAAAGUUUAUCAGGAGCGCUGCGAUGCUAUGCAAAUGCUAUCCAAAAUGGAAAUGGCUUACACUACUUCAGAAAACGAGUGCGGAAUACUACGUGCACAGAUUCUUACAUCGAAACAGACCAUGCAGGACUUUAAUGUUCGGCUUGAGCAGCUUCAGCAGGAAUAUGUGGAAUAUAAACAGGAAUCUUUGCGCCAACAGCAUAAUGCUAAGGAACAGGAAGAAACCCGUUUUGAGAUGCUCAAAAAUAAGAUGGUAGAACAAGAACGGCAAAAGGAAGAAUUAUGUCAGCAGAUCACGCGACUACAUCAAGCUAUUGCCGAACAUGACAACGAACAGAAGCAACAGGAGAAAAAUGUUCUGGAGCAACUGGAUGCAGUUAUACUUGCUGAUGAUGAGCUCGGUGAUGAUGAAUUAAUCGAUGAGAAUGAUAAUCCAGAGAAUUCUUUUAAAAUGUCAAUGGCAGCACAUGAUUAUAAUAAAACAUCUAUUGACGCUCAGGAAAGUAAAAUAAAGGAACUCAAAAAAAACGAAACCCGCAAAUCUAGCGUGAUGAAAUUGUUAAAGAACUCGGAUCUUAGCAAGGGGGAAGGUAGUACCGCUGUCCUUAAAGCAAUUUUUGACGCUGAAGAUGACUUAGAGGUGGACGCUAAAAACAUAAAAGGACAAGAUGAAUUUCAUGCAUCGGAAAUUUUAUUUGAGCCCAAUGCAGGCUUAUUAAUUGAUUCAGCGGCAGUUACUAACGAUGAAUUUACUCACAAUCCAUCAAACUACAUAGGGCUCAAUAGUGUUGAUGAAUCAAAAGAGGAUAAACUGAGCCCCAUUGUUAAAAAUUUAUCGACUCAAAAUACCCUCGUAAGCGAAGAGGAUAAAGUAUGUAUUUCGCCUGGACUUCCCACCGAUCAGGCCCUUGAAAUGCUCCAGGAAGAAUGCGAAGCCUACAAGCAGAAAACAGUUCUGCUGACGGACGAUAUUUGCUUUAUGCACGACCAAAUUGAGCAACUUAAAACCAUGCUGGAAAAUGAGAUUAAAAAAAAUUCCGAUAGAGACUCAACACUGAACUUGAAUAAUAUUCAUAGACGCUCACCUAGCCAACAAGACAACAAUGUAGAAGGAACUGAACAGAAUUGGUAUGAAGAAACCACGGGCAUAAUCAAUCCUCAGGAAGAUAGAGAAGAGGAGCUGGUAGUUUACAAGGAAAAACUAGAAGAGUCGGAAACUAGCAAUAUGCAGCUUCGCAAAGAAAUAUUACAGCUCCGACUUAAACUAAUUCCUCACGGGAACCAAGUGCUAAUGCAUAGAAUCCUGCCGAUUGGCUGUGUAGCUUUUGCUGCACUUCUAUACUUUAUUUUCAAUCGUAUUUAAUCAACUCGAAAUAUUAUAUAUAGUUCUGGGAUGUUGAUUUCGAUGCAACAUAAAGUUUUCGUAAAUUAUGUUAAUGAUGUGAUUUUAUGAGAAGUACACGCCGGGGUAAAAGCAUUUUAAGUUACUAUAAAAAGGAUCGUUAAUAUCGAUCUGCAAUCCAAUUUUGUUAAUUUUUUUUCCAAUUUACUUCGAGCGCAAAAUUAAAAGUCGUACAUUUUGGCUGAUUGGCUAAAACAAAGAGUUAAACAAGAGGAAAAGACAUGUUAAAUAUGAAUCAGAUUCAUUAUCAAAAUCUGAUAUAUUUCCUCCUAAAGAUAAACAAAUCCAACGUUACAAAAAAAAAGCACAUAACGACUAAAAAAAUGGUAUUGGAUUAUUGUCAUAAGCUUCAAUAAAAAAAUAAAAAAAAAUUGAUUUAAUAAAAUA